AUGAAGAAAACGAUUCCAAGUACCGCCAACAGUAAUAUCCUGGCGCCACGACGGGAUGGAGACAUGAUUCUGUGUCCACCGGGUACGGGUAACGAGGCGUGUCUGGUAGGGAAAGCCCUUGACGAGCCUUUCAUCAUGGAUCCCGACGAGAGCACACGACCACAACCACGGAAGAUAGAAUUAGGGAUGGAAUGGCUAAUCCAUGAGAUUUGGGAGGAAAGAGGUGCGGUGAUGAUGAGGAAAGGAUUGAAGAAGACAGUAGUCGCAGGGGCGAGAGUUGUUCUCCCCCCGGUCGGGAAGAUGCUUUUUGCUGAGCUUGUCAAACGUGACGGUAAUAUUCAACUCUUAACCAAGUUGGCCGAUGGAUUAUUAAUCUGUCCACAUGUUGAUAUCGGCAAUAGAACCAGACAAGAAUUAGAAAAAGUCCCUCGCAUCUGGUUGAAAACUGUUGAACACUGUGGAGGAAAAGCGCCAUGCCGCUGGGAAAAACUCGAUACUACCACCGCCAACGAACUUAUUGCUCCCCCAACUGUUGCCUUUUCGGCCCUGGAAGUUGGAAUACAUUCUUCACGCUAUCGAUCAGCAACUGGUUUCGCUCAUGAUCGCCGCUAUCUGGAGACCCACCAACACAGAUCAUGA